AUAAACAUUUACAUACGUGUCUUUGCAACAUGAAUUUGCACUGUGUCAAAUUUAUCUAGCCGGUGGACUGAUUACCUGGCUAUAAAGACGCUUGUGUUUGUGAAAUGAAAAAUGUAAACAUUUUUUGGAUAUUACACAGCAGCUCGAGCUAGCCGAAAACUCAACACAACAUUGAAGUUCACCAAGAACUAAAAGAAACUGUUCAUCGCCAGAGGAGAGAUUACCGAGAUGGCAGAGCAAGGUUUAAAGAAAAUGGUAGAUCAACCAGCAAAAGCAAAUAACAAAAACUCUAAGAUGCCUGGAUGUCCUUCGUAUGAUUGCAGCGGGCAGAAGAAAGAUGACUCAAAGUUUAAAGAAGCAGAACAGGCCAAAACAAUAAAGAAUGACAGCCACGCAGCGAAUAACAGGCACGACGAUACCGUGAAUUGUACAUUUACUGGGGACAAUAAUCAGAGUUUAGUCAUCACAAAUGCUAAAGGAAGUCUGGGAGAGAGGAAUGACUUGAUGGAAUUAGAUUUAAAGGCCAAACUUAUUGCGUCACUUGAACAUGAGCAGACUAAUAAAACAGUAGACACAGAUGAUUACGAUGUGGAUGAUGUAUUCAAGAUACGAAAAGACGAAAGUCUUGCUAUCAAUAAUGAAAUAAAGAAAGAAAACCAAAUGUGCAAUCCUGUGGAUUCAUCCAAUAUAGAAACAAUAGAGGGCAUAUAUAUUAAUACAGAAGACCAAGAUGACCCUAAUGAAACGUAUGUGAAUGACUCAAAGAAAUACUUUAAACAGGAGAUUCUUGUGGAUGAAGUUAAGACAGAUAAAACGCAGAACAUCUUUGAGGCUGUUCACAAGAAAUAUACAACACAUGAGAUCAUCGAAGAUACAGCCAAAAAAGGUAAACAACAGGAUUUCAGUUUCGAUGCUGAAAAAAGAAAUGAACAACAGGAUAUUGGAGAUGGUGCAGACAAAACAGAGGAAAAACUACAAAAUAUUGGUGUGGAUGCACAUAAGAAAGAUGAAACACAUGAGAUUAAUGUGAAAGCAGCCGAUAAAGAUGCAAAAAAGGAGAUUGGUGACGAUGUAGACACAAAAGAUGAAAAACAGGAUAUUGAUUUAGAUGUAGACGAUAGAGAAAGAAAUCAGUAUAUAAGCGAAUAUGCAGACAAGAGAGAACAACAACAUGAGAUUUACGUACAUGCAGACCAUACAGAUGGACAACAGGGGAUUUAUGAUAAUGUAGUCGAUAAUGAUGCAAAGCAGGACAAUAAUGUUGAUGCAGGAACAAAAAAUGAAAAACAGGAUAUUGAUGAAUAUGGAGACAAGAGAGAUGAAGAACAGAAUCAGGAGAUUCAAGUAAAUGGGAACGAGAAAAAGGAAAACCAUAAAAGGUGUCUCGAUGCAGAUAUGGGAGAUAAAAAACAGGACAUUGAUGAGAAUGUAGCCAAGGAAUAUGAUAACAAAAAUUUUGAUGCGAAUGCAGACAAGACAGGGAACAAACAUGGAAUAAGUGUGAAUGAAGACAACAAAGAUGACAAUUUGGACAUCGUUGUGGAUGCCAACAAGAAAGAGAAAAUAGAAGGAUUUGGUUUAAAUGCAGACACAAUAGAAGUAAAAACGGAAUUAGGUGUGAAUGUAGUUAAUAAACAGGACACAAAGGAUAGGCUGGAAAAUGCAGCCGCGAACGAAAAUAUCCGUGAUUUGUAUGUGAAUAAACACAAGAAAUAUGAAAAGCAGAAGGCUAAUGCCAAUUCAGCCAAAAAUGAUGGAAAACAGGAUAAUUGUGUGGAAGCAGACAACAAAGAUGAAAAACGGUAUUUUGGGGGGGAUGCAGAAAACGAACAUGAUAAACAAGAAGUUAAGGUAAAGACAAAUGACAAUAAUGAUAUUGAUGUUAUUUCAGUGGUGAAAUUUGAAAAACAGAGAUUCGCUUUACAUGUAGAAAAUCAAAAGAAAAAACAAAAUAGUGUUGAAGAUGCAUACGAUAGAGAGGAGAAACAGGAAAUUGAUGUGGAUGAAGACAUACACGAGGAAAAACGUGCCACUGGCGUGGAUGCAAAAAACAAAGAUGAUAAACAUUGCAUUUUUGUAAAUGCAGACAAAACAGAUGAAAUCAAGGAAAUUGAUAUAAAGAACGACAUGAAAAAGGACAAAAAAAGAAUUGAUGUUGAUGCAGACAAGGACGAUGAAAAACAUGAUAAUGAUAUGAUAGAGGAAAUGAAAGAUGCAAAACAGGAAUUCGAUGUAGAUGCAGAGAAUAAUUCGGAAAAUCAUGAGAUUAGUCUGGAUACACACCAUGACAAGGAACAGCAGAACAUUGGUAUCGAUCCAGACAAUACAAAGGAACGACAGAAUAUUGGCUUGUAUUCGGACAAGAAAGAUGCAGGACAGGAGAUUUGUGUUGAUGAACAUAAGACAGAUGAAAAUCACGACAUUGGAUAUGAUGCAGCCCAUAUCUUUAAGAAUGAGUGCAUUGAAAAACAAGCAGCAGAUACGGAAGUGGUGGACAAAGAUAUCACCAAUAAUAUUGAAGCAAAUAUUGCUGACAAGCAUGACAGUAAUAUGAAUGCAUGCACAAAAGAGACAAGCACUGCAUGUGUGUGUAGGCAACAUGAUAUUGAAGUAGAUUCAGACACAGCAGAUGAACAACAGAAUAUUGGUGUAGAUGUUGAACAGAAGGAUGAAAAACAGAAGUUUAAUGUGAAAGCAGCCGAUAAAGAUGCAACAAAGAAAAUUACUGACGAUACAGACUCAGCAUAUGAAAAACACAAUUUUGAUGUACAUGGAGAAAACAGAGAUCAAAAACAGGAUGUAGGUGAAGAUGCAGACAAGAGGGAAAAACAACAGGAGAUAUAUGUGAAUGAAGCCGAUAAAGAUUCAAAACAGAGGAUUUGUGGGGAUGCAGCCACUUGGACUAGAAAACCUGAUAUUUGUGUAGAUGCAAACAAGAGUAACGAAAAACACGAGAUGUGUGUGAAUACAACCAAAACAGAUACACAAAAGGAAAUAUAUGUGAAUGAAGCUGAUAAAGAUUUAAAACAGGACAUAUAUGUUGAUGCAGACACAAACAAUGAAAAACAGGAUAGUUGUGAAUUUGAACACAUGAGAGAUGAAGAAAAGAAUAUUGGUGAGGAUGCCGAUAAUAGACAAUAUGAAAAAGAGAUUACUGUGAUUGCUGCAGAUAAAGAAGCAAAACAGGACAUUAUUGUGGAUGCAGCCACGACAAAUGUGAAAACUGAGUAUGAUGAAAAUGAAGACAAUACAGAUAAAACAAAUUAUAUAAAUGUACAGGCGGAAAAGAGAGAAGAAAACGAGACAGGCGUUUUCACGGAAACAAAGGUAAAAAUACAAAAUAUUGAUGUUAAUGCAGCCAAUAAAGAUGACCAACCGACUAUUAUUUUGGAUGCAGAAUACAAAAUAACAAAUCAGGAGAUUCAAGUAGACGUGAACGAUGAAGAUAUGAGCGAUCAAAUACAGGGCAUAGAUGAGAAUGCAGCGAAUAAAUAUCAUAAACGGGACCUUGAUGUAAAAGCAGACAAGACAGAGGACGAAAAUGGUAGUAAGGUGAAUGAAGACAACAAAGACGAAACAUGUGGCAUCGUUGUAUAUUCCAACAAGAUAAAGAUGAUAGAGGGCAUUUGUUUAAAUGCAGACACGAUAGAAGUAAAACAAGUAAUUCGUGUGGAUGCAGAGAACAAAGAUGAUAAACAUUGCACUUUUGUAAAUGUAGACAAGAAAGAUGAAACCAAGGAACUUGAUGUUGAGACAGACAUGAACAAGUACAAAACAGUAAUUGAUAUUGAUUUUGACAAGGACAAUGAAAAACAUGAUAAUGAUAUGAUGGCAGACAAGAAAGAUGUUAAACAGGAGUUUGAUAUUGAUGCAGACAGUAAUUUGGAAAAACAUGAGAUUAGUCAGGAUGCGGAAAAUGCAGUGGAACAAAAGAACAUUGGUUUGGAUUCAGACAAUACAAAUGCAAACCAGGGGAUUUGCUUGUCUUCGGAUAUUAAAGAUGAACAAAAGGAGAUAUUUGUGUUUGAAAAUCAUACAGAUGCAACACACAAGGCUGGUUGUUAUGCAGCCCAAAAAUAUAAGACUGAGAAAAUUAAAGACGACGCAAAUAAUGUAGAAAACAAAGAUAUGACCAAUAAAAAUGAGGUAAAUAUAUAUUACGAGCCUGAAAUAAAUGUGUCUGAAUGCACAAAAGAGACAAGCGGUGGAUUUAUGUGUUUUAUAAAGAGGGUAUUCGCAAACGUUGCGUGCAUUCGAUGGAAGGAAAAGAUAUGGUAUACAUCGGAAGGCAACAAAGAGGAUGAUGAUAUUUAUGAGGAUGCACACAGCGAAGAGGACAGUGAUGACAUUUACAUGGAUGCAGAAAGUGAUCAUAGCAAAGAAGGCACUGAUGUUGAUUCAAUAAAUGAAAAUGCCAAUACCAUAGGCAACACUAAUGAUGUUGUAAACAAAGCAGAUUACGUUAUUGAUGCAGCACAUAAGUCCGAACAAGAGCUGAACAAAGAUGCUAGCCUGAAAACGAAUGAUGAAUUGGACGCAACAUCUAACAUCAACAAUCUAUGUACAAAUACGGACGGAGUGCCUCCACAGAAGAACAUGCUAACCAAAUGUGUCAACAGGGGUGACGAAGAGACAUUAAAACGCAAGCGAGAUGGAAUGUGGUACUUUGACGAACUCCCAACAGUCCUAAAGAAUUCACAUUCGACAGAUAGCGCUCAAGAAGAGUCGCCUUCCCCGAAGAAACGUAAAGAGGAUGCUAAUCCUGCUUGUGUAACCCGAGGAGUAAGAGGACUCAAAAACCUAGGCAAUACAUGCUUCAUGAACAGCACCAUUCAGUGCCUGAACAGCACGUCCCCGUUGGUUCACUACUUCCGGAAUGACAAAUACCUGUAUGACAGGGAGUUAGUAGGUCAGUUAGUAGGUCAGUUUGCCGACCUAGUAAAAGCCAUGUGGUCAGGCCAAGACUCCUGUCUUAGUCCCGAGGGUUUAAAGAAAGAAAUCGGUCGAUGCCAUCCGAUUUUUGAAGGCUUUGAACAGCAGGAUUCUCAGGAGUUCCUAACAUGUCUCUUGGACGAACUGAACGAAGAGCUCAAAAAGGAUGCACCAACGAAUCCUCGGCUGGACCACAAACUGCAUAACGACUCUAUCGUAGAGGAACUCUUCCAGGGUCAAAUCAAUAAGACAUUUGAGUGUCGGACAUGCGAAAAACAGAUCGUGAAGAGGGAGACAUUCAUGCAUCUAUUUCUGCCCCUACCAGAUCAAUCCAGUGAGAUCAACCUAGACGCAUGCCUUCAGCUUUUUUUCUCGGAGAGGCGCGUUAUGGGAAACUGUCUGAUGCCUUCACCAAACUGCCAGGAAAGAAGUGAAACUUUCGUGAAACUGAAGAUCGUGAAACUUCCCAAAAUUCUUCUUAUAGCGCUCAAAAGGUUUGGGACCGUGGGUGAGGGACAUAGGUGUGGGAAAAUAAAUGCGAAAGUACGUUUCCCGAUUCGAAUGUUGGAUUUAUCCCGGUUUGUAGAUGGUCCAUCUCAAAAUACGUAUAAUAUGUAUGCAGUGUCGAAUCAUAAUGGAACAUUGGCUUCAGGCCAUUACUGGGCCUGCUGUAGAAAUCCGGAGAAUCAGUGCUGGUACGAGUUUAAUGAUUCGGUAGUCCACAUGGUAUCUGAGCAAUAUGUCGAGAAAUCCAAUCGUUCUAGUGCAUACGUCCUUUACUAUGAGUCUGUAGACCAGUCGACACGUACACCCGACAACAGCUCGGGUAGCAAACCGGGCGACGAGUGAACAAUGUGUUUAUAUCUUUACAAAUACAAGUGCAUGUACAUUCUAUUAAUAUACAAAGUAUGUUAAUUAUCUCAGACCAUUUUUUUAAACACGUAACUCUCUGUUAUUUGCAUAACAUUCAAUCAUAACUUGUAAUUUUAUUACAAAUUGCCAAUUUGUAUCUUAAAACAUGUGAAGAGAAUGAACAUAUAAUUAAAUAUUUGAUUAGUGUGUAACAUAUACUAAUUUAAGAGAGUGGUUAGAAACAUAAACAACGACCUAGUCAAAUGAAAAAUGUAUGUUUCAACAAACUUCGAAAUACGGACCAAAAUAAGGCAACAUUUUUUUUUAUACAACUAAUUUAAUUUAGAUUAGUUAGGGUUGUAAGAUAAGCUGACUGUCAAAAGAAAAUUUUAUACAAUUGGCUCAGUUACUAUUUGUUAUUUAUGUAUUGUUUUCUAUUAUAAGCGUGGUCAUGCGUGAUUUUCGUAUUAAUUUAAACAAUUAGUGGAUAUUAAAUUAAUAUUGCUGUUGAGUCAAGCGGUCGGAACCAUUUUUAAACUUGACCCAGGUAUCAGAUUAAAAGUUAUAAAAAUAUCAAUGAAAUCCGAUUAGGAAUUAGUAAAACACUGACAGACAUUAACAUUGUAUUCUAUUUAUUUUACACUCGAUAAUUAAAGGUUCAUGAGAGAAUCACAUUAUAAGCGUUUAAUUAAUAAAAUCAUAAAAAAUGUGGGCAACAAAUCAUUUUUGUUUCAAAAAGAAUUAUACACUGUAAUUAAAUGAAGCACACAAUUGGCAUUAUUUAAAUAUUGAUUGCAAAUGAAACGGUGCUGUACAUUAAGAUUGUUGACUUUAUUUCAGCUUUUAUAGGAGUCAUAAACAAGAUGUGUUUGUAUUUGACCUUUGACCUUGAAUGAUGACCUUGACCUUUCACCACUCAAAAUGUGCAGUUCAAUGAGAUACACAUGCAUGCCAAAUAUCAAGUUGCUAUCUUCAAUAUUGCAAAAGUUAUGGACAAUGUUUAAGUUUGACGCAAACCAACAAACAGACAAACCAACAAACAGACAGGGCAAUAACAAUAUGUCCCCCAGUAUAGACUGGGGGACAUAACAAGAGCUGUCAGAGGACAGCGCACUUGACUAUUCGAGUGCUUUACAGUAUAACAAAAGCUAUCAUAGGGAAAUUGUUUAUAUUCAAUAAGGUCAAUGUAAUAUAGCCAUAUUCUAAGUGGAAGAGGACCAUACAUGUAAUUGAAACAUAUUGAUCGUUUAUGUUUUAAAGAAGUUGUACUUUAUAGACGAUUCUGAGUUCAGGUAUAUUUUCCACAAUCAAUUGAACAUUUGUAAAGAUAUAAAACAAACUAAAAAGAUUUUAUUUCAAGUUUGGGUGGUGUCCAUUGUGGUAUGUAAGGUUAGUGUUGUUUUGUCAAAGCAUGCAACAAAUUUGAUGAUAAACAAGAAACAAUCGGAGAUGGGUAAUGCUCACCAAAGUAUUUUUGUCACAAUAUUGCACUAUAUAUUCAGAUAAAAGGAAACGUCUUGAGGGGCAUAACUUUGGACAAAAUAAUACGAUGGAUGGUUGAGCAACUUAAAAAUUUCAAAGGGCCAUAACUCUCUAAAUAAAUCAUCUAACCAGAACCUACUUAUAACAUGCGCAUCUCCUAGAUGUAGUUAAGUUUCCCAUAAAGCUUUAUUGUAAUCCAGUCAGUAGUUGGGGAGAAAUAGCCCAGACAAGAAUUGCAGGACAUGUAUAUGUACAGUAUAUAUAAAAUUUCAAAGGGCCAUAACUCUGUGAAAAUUCAACCGACCAUAACCGGCUGAUUAUAAUAUGCACAUCUCCUGUUGGUAGUGAAGCAUCCCAUAAAGUUUCAUUGAAUUCCCGUAAUAAGUUGCUGAGAAAUAACUCGGACAAGAUUUGCACUAUAUGUUCAAUGGAAAAUUUCAAAGGGCCAUAACCCUGUGAAAAAUCAUCCGACGAGAACCGGUUGAUUAAUUGCACAUGUCCUCUUGGUAGUGAAGCUUCCCAUAAAGUUUCAUUGAAUUCCAGUCAUUAGUUGCUGAGAAAUAGCCCGGACAAAAAUUUUGCACGGACGGACAAACGGAGCGGCGACUAUAUGCUCCCCCUAAAAAUAUUGUGGGGAGCAUAAUAAUGAAGUUAUGGCAAUUUAUAGGUGGUACGCAAACUUUAACAUAGAUUUAUCAAUUAUAUGCAUAUUCUAAGUGAAAAAAGGCCAUCAUUGUUACAAAAUGCUUGAUACAGUUAUCUGCUCUUGUUUAAACAUUGGGGUCAUGUUGGUUAAGAAGUAUGCAAAAUUCAUGUAUGAAAGCAAUAUGUCAAGGGACAUAGAAAAUAUUUGAGGUGGUACGCAAACUUUAACAUAGAUUUAUGAAUAAUAUGCAUAUUCUAAGUGAAAAAGGGCCUAAUUCUGUCAAAAUACUUGAUACAGUUGUCUGCUCUUGUUUAUAGAUUGGGGUCAUGUUGGUUAAGAAGUAUGCAAAAUAUAAAAGCAAUAUGUCAAUGGACAUAGGAAAUAUAUGUUUGGUGGUAUGCAAACAUUUAAACGCGCACGCCGACGCCGGGGUGAGUAGGAUAGCUCCACUUUAUAUUGUGCAUAUAUAAUUGUCGAACUAAAAAGUAAAUAUACUAGAAACAACAAGCUAACCUCAGUCACAACUUUAAUGCAAUGCUUAUAACAAUAAAGUUACACUGAUAUGCCAGGGAUUGAAACUAACUUUUUACUAUUGUGGGAAACCAUCUUUAGUAUUUUGGUUGCCCAGAUAAAGAAUAACGAGCCCAGAAAUAUGAACAUGUUAAUAUUAUACAUUCUUUUAAUAAAAUAAUAGAUAAUUUAAUACAUUUGCUGACAAUAAACAUGUUCAAUGCAUGAUGUAUUAUUAUGAGCCUGAAUUGAAUCAUGUCCUAUUCCUAAAUAAUGAAUGUUAUUUAACUAGUAUUGAUCCAUGGUUGUCGAUUGUUAUUCAAUUUUUAUUGCACUGAAUUGUUUUAAGCUUUAAAAAAAAACAAGUUGCCCGGCCGAAAUACCAACUUUUGAAAUUGAGUUGCCCAGGCCAAAAUCUACUUGCCCCGGGCUCACGGGAAACCACUAAUUUCCAUCCCUGUAUGCUUUUCCUUUUCUGUUUUCCAUCCAAUUCUCAAAAUUAAUUUUAAACCACACUAUUUUUUAAUAACAUUUGUAUGAAUUACUAACCAUAAUCACCCAAAAACCAAUUUUACAAAGCUGUAAUCCUGUCGUAGAGAGUUAUUUUAUUAAUGUAACCAUUACCAGUGUUCUCUUUAAAUACCGGCAGCCGGCGAUUUCGCCGGUUACAUUUACUCUAAAUGCCGGCUACUUUUCCCAAAUAUAUCAAGUAAAUGUCACAAAUGUUUUCGUUUUACUGCAUAGUUGCCGACCAUAUAACUGGCUACUCAAAUUUUUCUGGGAAACACUGAAUUAUGCAUGACAAACACACAAUACUUAAAAACAUUUUAGAUUCGUUUUUAAAAUAAAAUGACACGUCCAGCUUGUCGUCAUUAAAAUCCAAAGAUUCAAAUAAUUUCCCACGAGAUACGUCAACAAUUGCGUAAUCAAGUGAAUGAAAAAUAAAAGUAAAGAAAGCCGGAUUUUAUAUAAAUUUCAGGUUGAUAAACACAACAAGGUAAAGGUAGUCGGUGAGAUAUAAUAAUAAUACAGUUAGUAAGGCUCGUAUCCUGGGUACGGUAAAUAUACUAAAACGUACCCUGGAAUUUUAACACUAAAUCGGGGGUUGUCGGCUAUUUUGUAAAAAUUAAUUAUGUUCACAUGUAUGUCAAUUUUCCGUUAAAUGGCCUUUAUAUUAUCAAAACUCAUUGUUAAAAUCAUUAAUGUGAUUUAAUUUUAAAUAUUAAAUUGUUUAAAGUCGCGUCAUUUUAUGACGUCGUCAUUAUAAUAUUUUUCCGCGACGUCGCACGUUCACGUUUUACCGUCAUAGAUUUUUUUUAAAGAAACAUUAUUUGGUUUGCGAGGUCCGUUAAAUGGGAAACACCAUAUUCGGUAUUUAUAUUAUGUUUUAACAAUUAAUUAAUGCUGUGUAAUAAAUAUUGUAUAAGAUAUUUCGAUAUUUAUUGAAAAUGUUUCAAAUUGUUAUUUAUGAAACCUUUUAUUCUAAUGAGUGUAUGCUAUUAUAUUAUACUUUGAAUAGCAUAUCUGUUGUACUAUAAUCUUAUUAUUCAUUUUUUAUUGUUAAUUUCAUUUAUUGUAGAGAAUCGUCAAUGUUAGUCGCCAAUGCUUUUCGUCAGUGUUAGUCGUCAAUGCUUGUGAUUUUUGUCGUCAAUGUUAGUCGUCAAUCCUUAUCGUUAUUUUACAUGAAAUAAAUAAAAGCAGGAACAGAGA